UCACUCAGGCAUGGCUCCACCGGGGGGAAAACACAGGAAGAUGGAGGGCUCGUUCAUGACCCGAUCCGCUAGUGUGUGAGAGUGUGUGUGUGUGAUAGAGAGUGUGUGUGUGUCAGGGAGGAGGGGGAGUCAGAUCUGUUUUGCUUCCUGCUGGAGAGAGAUUUCCAGUUUUCCCUCAGUGGAUUUUCAUCCUCACACGUAUAUAAAUCUGUGUGUCGCUGGUCCUCAUGAGAGGCGGGGGUGUGUGUGUGAGAGAGAGUGUGUGUGGGGGGGGGCGAUGGAUCAGCGUAAGGACGGCAGGAAGUCUUCUCUGAACCUGGUCUCUGGAUUCUUCCAGUAUCUGAGGGACGAGCAGGAGGCGGUGCAGAAGAGGACCUUCACCAAAUGGAUCAACUCUCACUUAGCCAAGUACAAGCCGCCUCUGGAGGUGAACGACCUGUUCGAGGACAUCAAGGAUGGGGUGAAGCUUCUGGCUCUGCUGGAGGUUCUGUCCGGACAAAGACUGCCCCGUGAGCAGGGCCGUCAGCUGAAGAGGAUCCACUGGGUCUCCAACAUCGGCACAGCGCUCAAAUUCCUGGAAGGCAGGAAGAUCAAACUGGUGAACAUUCACGCGACCGACAUCGCAGACGGACGCCCGUCCAUCGUCCUCGGGCUGAUAUGGACCGUCAUCCUCUACUUCCAGAUCGAGGAGCUGACCAGUAACCUGACCUCCCUGCAGCCCCUCUCCACCAGCAGUUCCUCAGUGGAGAGCAGUGAGGCCGGCAGCCCCCCACCCAUGAAGAGGAAGGUGGUGCAGCGUUUCCAGGGCGGCGCCAAGAAGGCCCUGCUGAGAUGGGUUCAGAGCACCGCCGCACAGUUCCACGGUCUCCAGGUGAAGGACUUCGGGCCCAGCUGGAGGGACGGAGUGCUGUUCCAGUCCGUGGUCCACUCCAUCAGACCUGACCUGGUGGACAUGGAGGAGGUGAGGAGGAGGAGCAACAGGGAGAACCUGGAGGAGGCCUUCUCUCUGGCAGAGAACCAGCUGGGCAUCCCCCGCCUGCUGGACCCUGAAGAUGUGGACGUGGAUAAGCCGGAUGAGAAGUCCAUCAUGACGUACGUGGCUCAGUUCCUCAAACAUUACCCCAACCCUGGGCACUCUGAGGCGGACGGGCAGCAGGACGAGUUCUGUCCUGGAGAUAUAGAGCAAAUGCUCGAGCGAGAGGAGCGUAAGAUGCUCCGAGAGCUGAAGGUGUUCCUGGACCAGCUGGAGAGAGAGGUGCUGCGAGCGCAGGGCAGCGAGGGGAACCUCACCGACAAGUACCAGGAGUUUAAGAGUUUCAGAGUGCACUUUGAGAUGAAGAGGAAGCAGAGCGAGCCGCUGCUGCAGCCAAUCAGCAGAGAGGGGAAGCUCUCUGUGGACCAGGCUCUCCUGAAGCAGGCCUGGGAGAGGGUCUCUGCACGG